CGAACCCAAGGGUCAGUGACUUCAGACCGAUUGCCUACUGCAACGUGGUCUACAAAGUGAUCACGAAGAUCAUCUCGAAGCGGCUCGAGCUGCUCCUUCCCAAGAUUAUUACCAGCUCAGUUGGCUUUCAUCUCGGGGAGGAGUAUCAUGGACAAUAUCUACUUUGUUGAGGAGAUCAUGAGAGGUUACACAAUCAAGAGAGGAUCACCAAGGUGCACUGUCAAGAUUGACCUCCAGAAAUCUUAUGACACAGUUGACUGGAGUGUCUUGAGGGAUGUGCUCUCAGGUCUCAACAUCCACCCUUCCUUUAUCCACUUGAUCAUGGAGUGCGUCACAUCACCUUCAUACACGAUCACGGUGAAUGGUAGCCACCAUGGCUACUUCAGAGAUUCUGGCAGACACCAUGGAAGAGUUUUCGGCGUGCUCAGGGUUUGGGAUCAACCAGGACAAGUCUAACAUGUUUAUUGCAGGCACUAUGAAA